AUGAAUAUUAGAUUUGAUUCAAACUCAUAAAUUUAUAAGGAUAGCUAAAAUAAAAGUCUUGUUUUUAAUUUUGUGAAACCUCAGCCACAAUAGUCAUCAUUUUAUUAAUUAAAUGAAUUUCAUGCUAAGGGAACAAUAUCAUAAUUUGCAAUUCAUUUAAGAGGAGGAGGCUGUGGGUAAGCUAAACCAAUAUCAAGAAGUGAAGAAAAUUAAAUUAUUGGUGUACCCAAGGAUUUAUUGAUUAAACUAGAAAAUUAUGUUAACAUUAUCAAUACUAAAGCUCCACUUUUGAUUGAUCCUUAACAAAGAAAUGAAGUAAUAAUUGCAUUUUAAUGGUUUAUGUAUAAUAGAGAACACUUAAAUGCUUGUUGUGUUAACAAAAAUUUAACAUAAUCAAUAUAUACAAAAUCAUUGAAUUCUUUUAGGGAUUUGCUAAAAAUUCUUCCUGUUUAUUUAAAAUCUUCAUGGUUUUUAUGUUAUUAGGUUCUUCAAAUUUGUAAUGAUUUUUUGAGAAUUAUAUAUUCGUUCCAUAUACAAAAUGAGGAUAGAGAAAUGGAUUUAACGCAGUAAUAAGAAUUCCUAUAAGAAGUAGAAGAAUUUAAGGUCUAGUUAGGCAUUGAAUAAGCAAAUGUAUGGAGUACAGGAAUAGAAUAUGAAAUAACUCUUAUGAAAAUAAUGUUAAUGAAUUGUCAAACUAAUUCAGAAGAAGGAAAAAAUUUAUUAAUAAAUAUUGUUAAAAAUGUAGUUUAGUCGGCUUUGGCAAUGUCACCUACCGAAGAUUUAAUCCCAAGCCUUUUUGAAGGAGCUAAAUUCUUAUUUUUACAAUAUAAAGACAAAGUAUUAUAUCCUUAAGAGGUGUAUGCUACUUAUUAUUUAUUCCAAACACUAAAAUGGUCUAUUGUAAGACAAUUAAAAUCUUAGUAUUCAGUCUAUAAUCAGUUGAAAUAACUAAAAGAUGCAUUUUAAUAAUAUAUUCUAAAUUCAGAUAAUUGGAUCAUUCAUUAUAGUUGGAUAUCAAUGAUAAUAGAUAUUUUAGCAUAUAGACCCAUUCUUGAUAAAUUUGAAAUAAUUAAAGGGUCUCCAAUUGAAUAAUAAUCAAUGUGGAACAACUUAAUUGAAAAUAACUUAAUUCUUAGUCUUCCAUAUAAUAGAAAUUAAGGGUCCAUAGUGUUAUUUCAAAAUCAAGUAAAAUAUCUUAGCAAAGAAUUAAAAAGUUUAAUGGAAUAAUAGAGUAUUCCUAAGUUUAAAUUACUAUCAGAGUCACUUAUAAAAGGUUAAUUUUCAAAAUAAAUUAAUCUUUGGAAUUUCUAUGAAAAUUUUACCUUUAACAAAAAGCAAGAAACUACUCUAAAGGAUCAUGAAAUUGUAUUACAAAACAAUGAUUUAUCAUUUAUAGAGUAGUAAAUUGAAAGAUUUAAUUCUUAAUUAGAUGAAUUAGUUCUUCUUUACUAAUAAAUUUAAGAAUCAUUUACAGAUUAUUUUAAUUAAUAGGAUAUUACAUAACUUUAAAUCAAAUUACUCUAAGAUGAUUAUAAUGUUUUUAGAAAAUAAUUUUUGGAUGGAUAUAAAUAGGCCUUAUAUUAUCUACUUUUUAUCAUAGAAAGAUCUACUAUUGAAUUUGAAAAAAUUAAGUUCCUAUUUCCUUGUUUUGAAAAAUUUGAGAUUAAAGUUUAAGAAAAAUUAAAAAAUUUAUUUCAGAUUAUUGAAGAUUUUAUUAAGGUCAAAUUUUAAGCCUUCUAGAAAGAUUUUCUUUCAAAUUUUCUAAAAAUGAUUGAAUAUUUGAGCUAUCUAUCUGAAAUUAGUUUAAAUUUAAUAACAAAAAAGUAAACUGAUUUAGAGAAAGUAAAUUCUAAAUUUUAGAUUCAAAAUCAAUUCAACUCCCAAUAAAAUUCCGAAAAAUCAUUAAUAUUAUAAUAGUUUAUAAUAAAUAUAAAGGAAUUUUAACAAAAAUUUUGCUUCUCAGCUUCAAGUAUUAAAACAUAUAAUUCCAAUAUCAAAAUUAAUCCUUUAUAAAUAUAAGCUAUGUCGAAUACUAUAUGCUCAGGGUAAUGGAUCAAAAUAAUAAGAUAAUAAUUAGUUACUAGCUUUUCAGAUAGAUUUGAUUUGGGUCAAAAUUAAGUUACAAAUAAAGAGGAUAUUGAAAAUAUCUAUAUAAAUAGUAUUUUUAACCUUUAAAUAUUGAAACUACUGAAACAAUUUUGCUAGAUCCACUAAUACAAAAUUAACACAUUUGACUAAAACUUAGAGAAAGAAAAAAGCGUAGCAAAUCAAGAGUAAUAAAAAUAAUAUUAAGACUUUAAAUUAAUGUUAAUCAAUUAGCUAACAUAAUAAAAGGAAAAAUUAGAAUUUAUUUUAAAAUUAAACUAGAUUGAUAAAGGUAGUAAUAUUAGUAAAGAAAAGAAAAAAUACCUCCUUUAAUAAAUUACCACAGAUCAUUAGAUGAUUCAGAAUGAAUAUGAAAAUAUGGUCACCUAAUAGGCCAAAUUAAUAAAGUCCAAGGUUUUAAAAUUCAUGCAAGAGGCUCAAUUUAUCAGUUUACAAAAUUAAAAUGAGCAAUAUGAUUUUGAGGCUUUAAAAAGUUUAAUGGAAAAAUAUAAUAAUAUUAUAAUAGAAAUUCAAAAUGAUAAAGUUGAUAUUAAUAAUAAUUUUGCCGAUGAAAAAUAUUAGACUAUCGAACAUUUGAUCAGAAGGAAAAGUCAUUUAGAUUUCUGUCAUUUCUGUGUUGAUUUAAAUUUGAAAAUGAUAAAGGACAUUAAUAAAUCACUAAAAUUAUUACAAAAAUUUUUAAUGUUGAUGAUAAAUUAGCUUUAAUAACCUGAUAAUUAAGAAAUAUAAAUUCAUAUUGAAAACUUCAAUAAAUACAUGUAAUAAAUAUAAAGCAAAUUUAACAUUAACAAAUCAAUAACUAAUUUUAUUGAAAAUAUAAAGGGAAAUAGUUAAUUAAAAAAUUGCUAAUGUAAGGUUUAAAGUAAACAAGAGGAUGAAUAAUAAAAUUAGUAAACUGAACAAGGGAAGGAUUUAUAAAUGGAAUAAGUUGAAUCAACUUUAGAAGAAACUUUAGCUUUCUUUUAAUUAAAUUAAUAGAGUUAGGAUAAAAUACCUCAAAAUUUAGACCCUAUAUAUUUAAAUAUAAUCAAUAAUCUAUGUGAAUAAGUGAUGAUAAAAAAGUCAAUUUUUGAUGUAUUUGAUUUUAACAAUGAUUAUAAAAUUAGAGAAUGCUUGAUUUAUAAUUUAAUAAAACUAUAAUAAGGAAUUAAAGAAGACAAAAUAGUAGAAUUUUCAUCAAAACUGAUUCAAUAUCUUUGGGUUUUUGAAAAAGAUUAAAGAGUCAGAAAUCUUUUGAAAAAUAAAGAACUAAUUGAAAUGUAAAAACUUUUUUUUUCUAAAGAUAUCAAGUCAACAUCAGAAUAAAUAAAAUAAGAAAUGAAAUUAAGAAUCAAUAGCAUAGAAAGCAUUUCAUAAGAAUUAAGACUUGAAGGGAAUUCUCAAAUAAAAGAGCAUCUUAAAUAAUAACUCAAGCUAGCUUAUGAAGAACUUGAAUAAUAUAAUGAUAAUAUUACUGAGAUGUCAGAAAAAAUGGAUAUAAGUUUAAUAUUUUUGAAGGAUAUAUCAAAAGAUGUGAAGUAAAUAAAAAGUUAGAUUGAUAAUUUAUAAGAGAGUUUAAACUAAGUCGGUGAGGAUGUUCGUAAAUUAAGAGGAAAACGAUAUGAUGAAUUAUUAGAAAUAAGAAAAUAAAAGAUAUUAUUAUAAUCUAAGUUAGCAGAAGUAGAUUCAGUAUAUGUUUAAUUAAAAACUAUUGAAUAUGAUCCUGUUACUGGAGCAAGUAUUAAAUCCAAAGAUGAAGUAGCAAUAACCAAUUUAAUGUGUGAAUAAUGGAAUGAUUUUACUGGAGAAGUUAAUGAAUUUAUUUGGGAUGAGUCUAAAUAAAAUGAUGUCAUGUUACUUUCAGGAAAUGCUGGUUCUGGUAAAAGUAAAGCAGCAAAAAAAAUAGAAGAAUUUCUAUGGAAAUAGAAAGAAAUUAAUUCUAAAUGGAUUCCUAUCUUUGUAUCACUCCCAACUUUAAAAAAUCCUAAAUAUAAUUUAUUUGAAUAAGCUUUAGAAUCUGAUAACUAUUAAUUUGAUAAAUAUUAGCUUAGAGAAUUUAAAGAUGCUAUCUAAAAUAAAAAAGAAUAUAUCAUUUUAAUACUUGAUAGUUAUGAUGAAAUGAAAUAAGAUUGUAUCUAAUAAAAUCUAAUUAUAACGAAUAAGUUAAUUAAUGAUUUGAAUAUUGAUGAAAAAUAAAAAUAAGUCAAGAUAAUCAUCACAACCAGAAAAGAAAUAUUAAACACAUUGGGUUAUUAAACUUGGUUUUAUGGGAAUAGCAUAAGGAGUUUAAAAGAAGUUUAGAUCUAGGAUUUUGAUAAAG